UGUUGGGCAGUCUCAGGCCUUGGCCAUCAGGGAUCACAGCCACCUGUCAACUGUCAAAGCAUGAUUUUCGACCUCACCACUGACUGGACUUAUCCUUGACAAUUCGCAAUUGAUAAUGGCAGCGCCUGAGCGUGGCACGAAGCGUAAACGACCAGAACCAUCCCGUCAAGAGGAUCUGGGCGUCAAAUUUGCCGGAAAACUUCACCACGAAUCAAAAGAUGUACGCAAAGCGUCGAAGAAAGCCAUCAACUUCGAGAUCCAGCGUGUAGUGAAACGGUUGAAGGGAUUGAGGAAAAAGAAUGGGCAGGACGCAGAGAUAAUAGUCUUCGAGAAAGAAAUUGAGGAACUCAAGGCCUUGAAUCCCGACGGCCCCGCGCACACCGCCCUCCGGACACGAUUGCUCAAGGACAAGCAUAUCACGUCGAAGGACUUCACAGGCGAAGCUAUAUCUCGAGAGCUCCCGGAUGAUAAAUGUUUGCCAUCGCGAGAGUCAAAGACGUACAAUCGGUUGUUGAGCAACAAGUCCCUGGCUGCUGCUGUCACGACCGCCGUGACACAUCUCCGCGAUGUCGUCCUACCUAAGAAAGAGAUCGCAGUUGAAGAAGCGGAAGGGAAUGACGACGAGGAGGCAAACGAGGAGGCAGACGGGGAGGAUGUUGGUGACAAUGCGGAAGCAAUCGACGAUGACAGUGAGGAUGGCGGCGGCUGGGAGUCCGGGAGCAUAGACGGAGAUGGAUGGGAAUCUGGAACGGUGCAUUCCGAGAACUCGGACGAGGAAGCACCACCGCUCAAGAAGACCAAGGCUACCGCUGCACCAAAAGCUACCGUUCCUUCAACUACAUCACAAUUUCUGCCGUCUCUUUCUGUUGGCUUCAUACGCGGCGACUCAGAUUCUGAUGUUGACGAUGGGGCUGAGGUAGCUCCCGAAAGAAAGAAUCGACGCGGACAGCGUGCUCGACGAGCAAUUUGGGAGAAGAAGUACGGCCGUGGCGCAAAUCACAAGAAGAAAGAAGCGGAGGACGCUGCGAACGAAUUCAAAGCCAGGGUCGAAAGAAGGGCGGCGCGGGCUGCCAAGGAGGCGGAACGACAAGCGCAAUUGGCCCAGUCCGCCGAUCGUGGAUGGGCCGGAAGAAUCAAGCCAGGCAGUGCGACAGCGAAAUCGAGCGAACCCAGUCUGCAUCCAUCAUGGGCGGCGAAACGAGCGCAGAAGGAAAAAGGCGGAAGUGGGGGCAUCAUGCCCAGCCAGGGAAAGAAGAUUGUUUUCGACUAG